AUGUCGUUGUCCACGAGCAUCCAGAGCCCUACUGUCACAUUCGAGCAACCAUUGGGCUUGUUCAUCAACAAUCGGUUCAUCAAAGGCGUCAAAGGUAAGACCUUCGAGAGUGUGAACCCCACCACCGAAAAGCCAAUCGUCGCCGUCCACGAGGGUACAGCAGAGGAUGUUGAUAUCGCCGUCAAAGUCGCCCGUGAGGCUUUCGAGGUCUGGAGUGAGGUAACCCCCUCGGAUCGUGGCCGUAUGCUCACUAAGCUGGCCGACCUUUUCGAGCGCGACAUUGAGACCCUAGCCGCUAUUGAAGCCCUUGAUAAUGGCAAAGCUCUCACUAUGGCUAAGACCGACAUCAAAAAUGCUGCCGGCUGCCUGCGCUAUUAUGGUGGCUGGGCAGAUAAGCUUACUGGUCAGACCAUUGAUACCGGUCCUGAGACUCUGACCUAUACCCGUCACGAGCCUAUUGGUGUUUGUGGUCAGAUAAUCCCCUGGAACUUUCCAAUCCUUAUAUGGGCCUGGAAGGUGGGCCCUGCUAUCGCUGCCGGUAACACGGUUAUUGUUAAAACCGCUGAGCAGACUCCUCUCUCAGGACUAUAUGCUUCCAAGCUAGUUAUUGAGGCUGGAUUCCCCCCUGGUGUCAUUAAUGUUAUAUCCGGCUUUGGUCGUACUGCUGGUGCUGCUAUAUCUACCCAUAUGGAUAUUGAUAAAGUAGCCUUUACUGGUUCUACUCUAGUUGGCCGCACUAUCCUACAGGCUGCUGCCAAGAGUAACCUGAAGAAAGUUUCUCUUGAGCUAGGUGGCAAGUCACCUAAUAUCGUGUUUGAUGACGCUGAUAUUGAUAACGCAAUCUCCUGGUCUAACUUCGGCAUUUUCUAUAAUCAUGGCCAGUGUUGCUGUGCUGGUUCGCGCCUACUAGUCCAAGAGGGUAUCUACGACAAGUUUAUUACCCGUUUUAAAGAGCGUGCUGUUGAGAACCGGCUCGGUGACCCUUUUGCUCCUGAUACAUUCCAGGGUCCCCAGAUUUCCCAGGUCCAGUUCGACCGUAUAAUGGAGUAUAUCAACCAAGGCAAGAAGGAGGGUGCUACUCUUGUUUUAGGUGGUGAGCGUCACGGUACCAAGGGCUACUUUAUCCAACCUACCGUGUUUACUGAUGUCACUCCGAACAUGAAGAUCGCCCAAGAGGAAAUAUUUGGGCCUGUUAUUGCUGUCCAAAAAUUCAAGGAUGAGGCAGAGGCCAUCAAGAUUGGUAACAGCACCAGUUAUGGUCUGGCUGCUGGUGUGCACACGACGAACCUCAACCGGGCCAUUCGCAUGUCCAAUGCCCUCAAAGCUGGUACCGUGUGGGUUAAUAACUAUAAUAUGAUCUCUUACCAAGCCCCCUUUGGUGGCUUCAAGGAGUCUGGGUUUGGGCGCGAACUCGGCUCCUACGCCCUGGAAAACUACACCCAGAUUAAGUCAGUGAUCUGCCGUCUGACGGAUGCACCGUUCCCGUAG